CGGAACAGCGCCCUCGCCACCGCGUCUCUGCUGCUUUUGUGCUCUCCCUCCCACCAUGGCCAGUCUUAAGGAUCUCGAAGGGAAGUGGCGCCUGAUGGAAAGCCACGGCUUUGAGGAGUACAUGAAAGAGCUAGGAGUAGGACUGGCUCUUAGGAAGAUGGCUGCCAUGGCCAAGCCAGACUGUAUCAUUACGUGUGAUGGCAACAACAUCACGGUCAAAACCGAGAGCACAGUGAAGACGACUGUGUUCUCUUGUAACCUGGGAGAGAAGUUUGAUGAAACGACAGCUGAUGGCAGAAAAACUGAGACGGUCUGCACCUUCCAAGACGGUGCCCUGGUCCAGCACCAGCAAUGGGACGGGAAGGAGAGCACGAUAACAAGAAAACUGAAGGAUGGGAAGAUGAUCGUGGAGUGUGUCAUGAACAAUGCCACCUGCACUCGGGUCUAUGAGAAGGUGCAAUGAGGGCUUCCUCGUCAUCCUGGACAGGAGUUAGCUGCCAGAGUGAAUAUGCUCAAUUCAGUGAGCGGUCAAAUGCAACAAACAGCUUCACUUCUUUGGUUUUAUUUUUCAUGACUGUUGAGUUCUCUUUAUCACAAACACUUUACAUGGACCUUCAUGUCAAACUUGGUUUACCCAGGAUCAUUCCUUUGGUUAGUAAAUAAACGUGUUAGUGCUAAUUUAUGAUAUGUGUGUGGGUUCUUCAAGGAAUUGAAAAUUGGUGAUACAUUAUAACACUUAGAAAUUGAAAAGCUCUCUGGUAUUCUUCAGGAUCCCUUAUGACUGAUAUAUCCUAGCAACUUGUAGACGUGGCCAGCUUCUUUUGCAGUGAAUACAUGCCCCGUCAUUUAAGCUUGCCUUAAAUCGUUUGAACUUUGUCAACUCAAUAAUUGAGACUAUUCCUAUCGAAUGAUAGCUACAUAAAUUUUAUAGAAUAAAGGGAGAUCCAAGCUUA